GACAACACUGGUGCUAAUGGAGCUAACUUGUUAUUUCUAGAAGAAUUCGGUAUCGCUGAUCAACCUUGGCUGAUCGGAGUCAUUAAUUCCGCGCCGUCCCUUUUCGGUCUACUUAGUGUAUGGGCUGCAGAUCCCGUCAACAACUUCUUCGGACGUCGAGGAACUAUUUUCAUCACCGGACUCUUCGUGGUUUUCCCAGUUCUUGCUCAAGGGUUCACGCAAGACUGGGUGGAUCUCAUGAUUUGCAGACUGUUCAUGGGACUUGGUAUGGGCAUCAAGAUCUCGACCAUUCCCAUGUACAGCGCUGAGGAUCACCCGCAAACAUUCGUGGUGGUAUCGUGA